CGCUGGGGCGGACCUGGUAUGUCGGAGCAAUGAGUGAGCGAGCGCCCAAGUGUCAGCAGUGAACGAGUGUGUGAGCGAGAGAGCGCGAGACGUGCAAAAUACUUCUAGUGUGUAUAUGGUAACCACACAUCCAAAUCAGAUUUCAUCACGCGCACCCGGAGCAGCCACCGCCACACAGGACUGCACAGCGGCAGAAUAAUGGUCAAGCUACAGCCGCUGGAAUUCAUCGACUGCUUGAUUGACAGUCCGGAUUUUCGCGAAAACUUGAACAAACAUGAGAAGGAACUGGAGAAAAGCAGCCAGCACAUCAAGCGCAUCAUCAAGGAAAUCAAGGAUCUGCUGGCCGCUGCGAAAAGCCUGUCUCGAGCGCAACGAACGCUGUCGAAAAGUCUGAAGGAGUUCAACUUCGAGUGCAUUGGGUCGACACAAACAGACGACGAACAGGUGAUAGCGGAUAGUUUGAAGCAGUUCAGCAAGCUCAUAUCGUCCAUCGAGGAAGAACGUGACAACAUGCUCGAUCGCGCGCACGAUCAAAUAGUGAUACCGCUGGAGGAUUUCCGGAAAGUACAUAUCGGCGGCGUGAAGGAGAACAAGAAGAAGUACGACAAAAAGACCGCCAAAUUUUGCCAAGCCCAGGAACGGUUCCUUAACAUGUCUUCCAAAAAGCCGUCCCCAGCAGUAGUGGAGGCCGAUGCAUCGUUGGGAAUGUUAGAAAGGGAAUACCUUCGGGAGUCUCUUAGCUACGUGUUGGGCAUUCAGGAGGUACAGGAGCGCAUAAAAUUCGAGUUCGUGGAAAUAAUUCUUAGAUUCAUAUCAGACUGGCUGGUAUUUUAUCAUCUUGGCCACGAGGUAGCCGAAGAUGCCAAAGAUUAUUUGUCCGAUCUACAACUGAAAGUUCAAAAGACAAGAGAAAACUUUGACGAAACGCGACAAAAGGCACAGGAACUAAAGAACAAAUAUAUGGACAGCAAAAUGAAACCGGAUAGUGAAUACACGAAGCAGGGAUAUCUCUAUUUGAUGGAGAAAAAAUUCGCCGUAGUGACGUGGUCGAAAUAUUACUGUACAUACAAAAAGCAGAGCCGAGAGUUUGCGAUGCUACAGUACAAUCAAAUGUCUGGCCGAUCGCAACAAACCACACCGGAAGUAUUCACGCUUGCCUCAUGUAUAAGGCGAUUGUCGGAGUUCGAAAAGAGGUACUGCUUUGAUUUAAUUUUCACUGAGAGGUCCACUAUGACGUACACUUUCCAAGCCCUCAGUGAGGAAGACAUAAAAGCAUGGCUCGAUGCCAUGGACGGAAAAGAGCCGACGAAUCUGACGUUAUCAACGAAGUACAACGAAGACAGCACGCUGGAUGAAGUAGGAUUUGCGUUCGUAAGAAAGUGCAUCGAGAUCUUGGAAAAAAGAGGCCUAGAGGAAGAGGGAUUGUACCGUAUUGGCGGUGUAAGCACAAAGAUAACAAAGUUACUUCAGAUGGGAUUAGACCGAAAAAAGACUGAAAAGGAACGCCUAAGCUUUUUCCAUGAUGACCAGUCGGGCAGUGCGGCGGAUGUGCUGGAAAGCAAAACUAUUGCAAGUGCACUGAAACAGUAUCUUCGGCAUCUGAACGAGCCACUGAUGACGUUUCGCUUACAUCAUGCCUUCAUAGCUGCCGCAAAACAGGAAACGCGCCUACAAAGAAUCAACGAAGUACACCAACUGAUUCACAAACUCCCAAAAAGCCGUUUUGACAUGCUGGAUAUCGUCAUAAGGCACCUAAAAUCCGUAUCGUUAAAAUCAGACCGUAACAAGAUGUCGGUUUUUAACCUGGGAGUGGUAUUUGGACCAACAUUAUUACGCGCUGCUGAAGAAACUGUCGCAGCCAUCUUGGAUAUAAAGUUCAACAAUGUAGUGAUUGAAAUUUUAAUUGAAAACUAUGACAAAAUAUUCAAAACCAUACCACCAACGCUGAAAAGCACCAGUGAAUAUUUGUUGCAACCGAGCACCAGCCCAUCAUUCCAUCGACCUGGCAGCGGCGGAAGCGGUAUGGCCGGAUCGAUAGCGAUCGGUGGAGGCGGAGGGGUUCAUAAUUAUUCCAAAGAACGCACACCAUCAGCGCAGCCAAUCUACGCCCAACCGCAGCCGGUGGUACGCGUGGUAGCCAAAUCCAACUACACCGAACCGAUCAUGUCGUCGAGCUUACAGAACAUAUCGAACGGCUUAACGCCACUGUAUAGCAAGGGCACAAACCACUAUCCGACGUACGAAGCGAAACCGACAAUUAUUUCCUCCUCGAUCAGCAACUCUGCCUCUACGUCACCCUUAGUUGCCCGAGAGCAACAUCUGAAAUCGAGCACAAGCUCCCCUCCGAACCAUCACCACAGCCUUCAGAAUUCCUCGGUGCACUUGCACCACCAUCCGCAGAGCAUAAACUCCUCCGGUUACCCGAAUGUAAUAUCGGGGAAUGCGACAACAGUAGGGUCGGUGGCCGCAGCGGCGGCAGGCUGUUACCAGUUACAUCAUCAAACCGGGCCAUCGCAAACCUCAUCACUGACGGGGGGAAGCACUAGCAACCACAUGACAGCUAGCUACGAUCGGGCACUGCAUCACCAUCACCAAAUGCGCACUGAUGCCGGCGGUGCCGGCAUCGAUGGUGGUGGAGUGUACAAUCGUGUGUCUGGGCUGGCAAGCAGCGACUCAAAUUUGGCGAGCUCGCGCAAAGAGCUGUCUAUCUAUGAACGCAUUAACUCGACUAGCAGUUCAAACGAAUCAGUUUGUUCGUCCUCUGGUGGCGGAACUGCCACCGGAACAUUGCGCUCCGGCCACGGUCCCUGGUCUGUGGGUGUUGUUGGUGCGCCUGGUAGUGAGUAUGCUGCGCUGGUGGGUAACGCCAGCAGUGCGUCAAAGUAUGGUAUUGCAGGGGGCACUGCAAGCAAUAAUGUUGGUGCAACGGUAGUGGGCGGCGGUGGCGCACCAGAAGAUUCUAGUCCAAGCGGCUACAAGCCGAAAAAACAGCAGCGCAUAAAAGACUACAGCCGCCAUUAUCAGCUUACGCAGCCGCACCUUUCACUCACCCAGCAGCAGCAGUACCUGCAACAGCAGCAGCACCAACAACAGCACCAACACCAACAACAACAUGGAAAGCACUCUUUGGCCAAUAGAGAGAAUUUAAAACAUUCUUUCGGUGGCCACAUUGUUCCCGCUGUAAUUCGAAUGCCUGUCGUUUUAUGUAGUUGUAAUCUCUUCUUGAAAUUUUCUUCCGUUACUUUCGGCGAGUUUAGACGGGUUCGCACGCUAUACGCAUGUUUGGCCGAGAACGACGGCGAAUUGUCCUUUGAACCGAAUCAAAUUAUUACAAAUGUUCGUCGUUCAAACGAACCCGGUUGGUUGGAAGGCACACUGAACGGCAAAUCGGGGCUGAUACCGGAAAAUUAUGUCGAAAUCUUGAAGUAGUGAAUAACCGGUUUCUUUAUUACUAAACAAAUGGCUAGUUGUGAUAAGGAUAAGGUGGCUGCCAGGGUGGGGCGCGUAACAUGCUUGGGAAGUACUUAAGCCAAAUAGCUAGAAACCAUAGUAAACAACAAAAUCGGACGCACACGCCGACAAUCGGUUUACAUUGCCGGUAUCAUUGCCCUGCUAGAGUUGGUUGUUUCAUUCAUUAUUUUUAUGUUUAAACUAUCCAUGUUUCUAACGUUCUCGGUAAACGAUAUCAUACAGUAAGGAACUCCGUUUAACAUACCAGAACCUUUGGUAUGAUCGUGCGGAUCGAUUGAUUAAGCAAGAGCUACAGCUGAGUGAAACAAUUUAUGCUUAAAACAAUCAGAGAACACGAACUUACUAUCAAUCAUCUCAUUUCAACACUCUCGUAAGAGCCCCAUUCCUUGUAGUGUACCUAACUGCUUUUUUGUGAAGUAACAAUAGACCAGUAUGAAAUUAAAUGGCCAGCUUGUGUAACGAAACCGAUGAUUUGAAGAGCUGCAACGAUACAAACCACGAUACAAAACACCAAAACGAUUAUGAAUUCUAACAAAAAGAUGCCGCAUUUUUUAUAAAUCGUGUACAUUUCAUAAUAUAUGGCAAAAAAUGGAUUGGGACAUAAUAAUCACAGAAAAAAGGAACAAGAAAACAGAUAGAGAAAGAGAAAGAGAGCAAAAAAGAAAAAGAGAGAGUGCGAAAAAUCGUACCUACAGUCAACCAAAUUCCCACCUGUAUGCAUACACAAAUACGCACAUACACUCACUAUACCCCGCAAGAGACGUUAAUAUCGUCCUUCGGUCCGUUUUGCUUGUGGCUAAGCCGAUUUUUUGUACUUUUUCGCGCGAAUCAAUGAGGCAAAUAGUAGUGGCAUAAGAGGACGAUCGAGAAUUGAGGAACGAAAGAUUAUACAGAUAUUUUUUUUACCAUGCUGCAUACGAGUUAAAAAGUACUAUUUGGUUUACUGAGCGUAUGAUCUUUUGCUUGUUUUUGCUUGUCUUGGCCGUAUGAUAGUUUUAAAACACCUCGACAAAAUAAUUGAGGCACAAUCACCUACAAUUAACAACGUGCACCACUCGUCCUUCACGGGCAUCAGAAAAUGAAGUGUAGGCAUCUUCAUUUGAUAGAUAUUACACUACUGCAAACAUCUCUGAGAGAAGUUUAUAUUGAUCGUGAAAACAGCAGAACAGAUGAUGACGCAGGGGGAAGGUGUGUGUGCGACGUGAAACACUGAGGCACAAAACAGAUCGCAGGACACAGGAAGCACGAUCAACGUCUUGAAACAAUAGCUCCUCCUAAUAUAUCAUUUAGCCGUGAUCCUAGAAAGAUGCCAUACAUUUUGUACAAAACAAAAUUUUGAAAAACGUAAAACUGAUGAAUCACGUUUUUUGAAACGCAAAAGAAAACUAUGCUUAGAAGAAAGCAUAGCAUAGGACGACAAACAAUUUGUUGAUAAAACCACACGCUACUCAAUUUGUGAUCUGAAGGACGAUCAGCCGCCGUAGAACCGCUGAUUACAGCAUCUUUUCACAUGCCCACAACUUUUACUGCCUAUGGAUAACUUACAUUCAUUUUACACAUUUUUCGAAUUUCUUACAUUGCCCAACCUCAUUGCACAGGGUUUUCGCCCUCACUUUUAUUCAGGAUGCGAGCUAUAGUACCAAAUUGCAGCAUUUUGCCCAAAUGUGGAAGGCAUUACUGAGCGUAGUACAGGCAAAACUUUACUUUUAAAUGCAUUCCGCGUGCUACAUUGAUCCAUAUUCUGAUCCUCUAAGCUUUCCUUAUAUAAUUUCCUCUAUGUUGCAUUUGCGUAUCAUGCUUUACUUUGAGACUUACAGCAUAUAGUAUAGUUUAACAUUAUUUCGACCUAAAUUCUUCGGUAUUUUCUGUGAUUCUUUUACCGAUGAAAAGAAACAUUCCUAUGGCAACAAAAUAAUCUAAAUAAUGUCUAAUAAUUGAUCGGCAAAAAAAACAAAAGGAUUCAGAUUAUUCGCAUAAUGAACUACAAAGUUGCUUUAAGUA